UACGUAUCACGUCCCGAACUCGCUCAAGAUAGCAUUAUACCAUUUUAGAGAGGAUAUUUUGAGCAUAUCAAAUCUGAAGAAGGAGGACCUGUUCAAAAGGAUAUCAAUAUAUCAACAAAUAAAUGCCGUGUUACUCGUUUAUCUCGUGAAAUAUGCGAGGACCACAAAUUCAGCAGUAUGGAGACAGUUGUCAGCAACUUAUGAACUCGUGCAAACAAUGGAUGAAUUAUCUAUUGCUUUCACUAUGGUCACGUUUUCAACACCCGAAAACCUGGAACGAAUCCAAAAAGCACAGAACCAUCUGGCCGUUGCGCUGGAACACCUGCAAUCGACUGUCCAAUACUUGGAAGUCGAGAGGAUCAAUACGACUGAACUUGAGGAAAUUUUAAUUUUUUACAAAACAUCAACGCUGCUAGUUUGGAACGAAACGAAUAUAGCGGCAGGUGCGUGGCACUACACGUCGUACAACUUUACAGAGAAAACCUACAAUUUCCUAGAGAAUUUAAGAGAAAUUCAAAACAACUUGUGGAUUGUAGUUCGGGAAUCAGCUGCGACUGAAAUAUGGAACGCACGGCGUACUCUAGUGCUGGGCGUGAGCGUACUCUUGGUUGUGCUGUUCGCGGCACCCGUGCUCGUUGUGCUGCUGCAGCACACUCUUACCACUAUACAGAUAUUCACAGAAUCCAUAGAGCUGAGUACACAACAGCUGAUGGCUGAGAAACAGAAAAGUGACAUGUUGCUGUCGAGGAUGUUGCCGAUGCCGGUACUGAGGCGGCUGCGAGCUCAGAGGACGGUCCCGGCGGAGGCUUUCGACGCUGUUACCAUCUACUUCAGCGACAUCGUCGGCUUCACCAAUAUAUCUGCAAACAGCACGCCCAUGGAGAUCAUCAAUAUGUUAAACAUGCUCUACAGAAUGUUCGAUGAUACAAUAAUGCAUUACAAUGUAUACAAAGUGGAGACGAUAGGAGACGCGUAUAUGGUCGUAUCUGGACUACCUCAACGGAACGGCAAUCGCCACGCGUCCGAGAUAGCGGAUAUGUCUCUGGCGCUGAUGCGCAGCGUGCAGGGCGCGUGCGUGCCGCACCGACCACUUGAGACGCUACGAGUGCGUGCUGGAGUUAACACCGGCCCUUGCGUCGCCGGCGUCGUGGGCGCUACCAUGCCACGAUACUGUCUCUUCGGUGACACAAUCAACACCGCUAGUAGGAUGGAGAGCACGGGGGAACCAAUGAAAAUACAUAUAUCACAUACGACGAAGACGGCUUUGGAUAUAAUCGGAAAUUACAUGGUGGAGUCACGGGGAAUGGUCGAUGUCGCGGGCAAAGGCUUGAUGGAAACCUUCUGGCUCCUCGGGAAAGUCGGGCAAGUCCAGAUGGAGAGUCCACGCUGUCGUUUGCAGGACUACGACCAGAAUGUUCUAGAACUACUUAUUAAAUAGUUAUAUUUUGUUGUUGAUUGAUAAAUUAUUGAAUAAAGAG